AUGACAGCACAGACAAUUCCUGCCACCUCACAAAUAACAUAUUCGAAGGCAAUAUCAAGCACCUCGAUCAGGUUUGAGUGGUCCAGUGCGCAAGGAGCCGAUAGUUACAUUUUGGUGGUGAAUGGAACUUUCCAUCCUGAGACUCAAAACUUUACAUACACAACGCUAAAUGGACAGGUAGACAACCUCCAGCAAGCCACUUCAUACAGCUGUUACGUUUAUUCCUCCAAUCCUGCAGGACUCGGUGCCAAGAGCCUUGUCAAAACCAUCAGAACGUUGGUGCAGCCACCGAAUAACGUGGCCGUGACAGAGUUAACUCAGGGCAUGGCUCGCGUAACAUGGAACAGUGUUUCAGGCGUCCUGCUCUACCAGAUGUCAGUGACAGCCAAUAACAAGCCGGGAUUUCCCCCGGUUCUUAAGAACGUCUCUGGUACCGCUAUGAAUAUCUCAAACCUGGAGCCGUGUACAACAUACACAAUAGGGGUUGCAUCCAUCAACAUGUUCCUGGAACCAGGAGAGUCCACCAACUUCACCUUCUUAACCUCCACCAUUUCAACAGUUUCCUCCAUCUCUGUGGAGUACAGCUGUCUUACUUCUACAGCAAUAGUCAGGUGGGAUGUGGUUUUUGGUGCCACAUUGUACCGCGCCGUCAUUACAGAUGGUCAAGGCCGGUCUUUUAACUGCACUUCCACGAACUCCACCUGCCAGUUCUUGAUGCUGGUCUGUGGAGAACGAUACACUGUACGGAUUACAGCCAUUGGUAAUUGUGAAAGCACUUCUGACGGCACCUACGUCUUUGAGACAGCACCCUGCCCACCCAAAGCCCCACAGCUGUACCGUGAGUGUUCCACUAAUGUCAUCUUGUUCUCGUGGGAUUCCACCAACAACACGGCUUAUUACUUCGCCAUAGCUGUGGACUCAGACCAACUGGUAACUGAAUGCCUCACUGUGGACACCUCCUGUUUUUUCACCGACACCGUCUGUGGUAAAACCUACAGCUUCUAUGUCAGAUCCAUCUACACCGGAGGACUAGACUGCAACACUGGAUACACAGACGGGGUGGUGAUCAAAACGGCCCCAUGUUUACCGCAGAACAUUUACACAACAGCAAACUGUGCUAGCAUCAGCAGUGCCGUCAUUACUUGGCAUGAGGCCGCAGGAGCCAAGACCUACAUUGUGGAGGCCCGCGGCAAUCGUAAAGAUUUCUACAACUGUUCGUCUGCAAACACAAGCUGCACACUAACAGACCUGGAAUGCGGAGAGAGCCUGAGCGUGUGGAUUGUUGCCACAAAUGGUGACUGUACUACUGAUCCUGUGCUGGGAGAGGUGGCAGAGACAGCUCCAUGUGCUCCAGUCAGAGUGGGGGUCACUAGAGACUGUGCAGCGAAUCACGUGAUAGCAAGCUGGCAGGCCCUUCAGGCUGGGAGUCUGUACACGGCAGUACUGCAGGAUGAACAUGGACCCAGAGUUAACUGCAGCACCAGCUCUAACAACUGCACAUUCACAGACCUGCUCUGUGGAAUGAACUACAACCUCACAGUCACAAGGAAUGAUGGUCAAUGCAGGAGUCUGCCAUCCUCAUCCAUUCAGAUACAGUCAGCUCCCUGUGACCCUCAAAACAUCACAACUGUGCUCCAGUGUGACACCAACACAGCCAACGUGACAUGGGCUGCCAGCGCAGGAGCUAAUGGGUACACAGCAAUUGCAACAGACAGGCAGCAGCAACGUUUAGCUUCUUGUCACUCUAUGGGAACUUCCUGUCAGCUGACCUCUCUGCCGUGUGGGAUGAGACUAAAUGUGACUGUCCAAGCUGAUGGCACCACCUGCAACAGCAGCUCUCAACCUAAAGCUGUAGUGGAAACAGCUCCCUGCAUUCCCACCCGUGUUGCUGCCGCUCUAAACUGUACAUCCAACAUUGCUUCCAUCACCUGGUACAGUGCACUUGGUGCCACUUGGUACUUGGUAAAGGUGGAAAGCAGCCAAGGGUACAAGACAUCCUGCAACAACACUGUCACUCAAUGUGAUAUCCCAAACCUGCAGUGUGGCCAGGAAUAUUCCAUCACAGUCAUGGGCAUGAAUGGUGUCUGCAUGGGCCCGGCUAGCCAGCCUGUCACUCUCGUCUCAGCACCGUGCCACAACACUGGCAUUCAAGCCAGUCUGGACUGCCGCAGCAACUCAGCACUCAUUUCUUGGACACCAGGCAAUGGUUCAUUAAGUUUUAAUGCAACACUACAGUCGCUCCAGGACCCCCAAAAGCACAACUGCUUCACCAAUGGCUCCUCCUGCAACAUUGGCUCACUGCCGUGUGGUCAGCACUAUAACAUCUGUAUUACAGGAUACGGCCAGACCUGUUCAACCUCUUCUAAAGCCUUGGUCACUCUAGACACAGCUCCAUGUGUUCCCACUCAAGUCAAUGUGUCAUUAUCUUGUGGGUCGGACACUGCAUCUGUUUCCUGGGCAGCAUCCAGUGGCCUUGUUUCAUACUAUACAGUAACAGCAGUAGAUGAUAAUGGACGUACUCUAACCAGCAACUCCAACAGAACUUCCUGUGACAUCAGCGGCCUGUCGUGUGGUCAGGCGUACAAUGUGUCAGUCACAGCUAUGAGUGUGGACUGCACUGGGCAACGCAGUGAAGUGCGUCGCAUCAGUACUGCACCCUGUGCUCCUCAGUCUGUGGUCAGUCAGCUCUUAGACUGUCGAACAGGUGAUGUUCAGAUCAGCUGGCAGUCGAGUAAAGGGGCACAGAUCUACUAUGCUCAAGCAAAAUCCACAGUCAAGACUCUGGUGUGUAACUCUACCUCCACGUCCUGCAUAAUCCCUGCAAUUUGCUGUGGGCAGACGCACAAUAUCACUGUGGUUGCAGUGGCCAACAGCUGUAGCUCCAACACCAGUGUGGCCAGUCAGGUCACGGCAGCUCCCUGUGACCCUCAAAACAUCACAACUGUGCUCCAGUGUGACACCAACACAGCCAACGUGACAUGGGCUGCCAGCGCAGGAGCUAAUGGGUACACAGCAAUUGCAACAGACAGGCAGCAGCAACGUUUAGCUUCUUGUCACUCUAUGGGAACUUCCUGUCAGCUGACCUCUCUGCCGUGUGGGAUGAGACUAAAUGUGACUGUCCAAGCUGAUGGCACCACCUGCAACAGCAGCUCUCAACCUAAAGCUGUAGUGGAAACAGGUGACAGCUCAUGUUAACUUUUGCUGAUGAAUGUGAUUCAUAACAACAAUUCUUACAGA